CAUUUCAAAGGGUUUAAAACAUCAAAUCCUCAUCGAGCUUACGUCUCUUUGUUGCUGAAAGCAUUGAAAGGGAGACUCAAGAGGAACGAGCUCGGAUCUUGAAACAUGGAUUCGUCUCUCCUCGAGGGUUUCACAAAGUCGCUGGCGAUGACGGUGUUGUCGGAGAUCGGAGACAAGACGUUCUUUGCCGCUGCGAUAUUGGCCAUGCGUCAUCCCCGCAGACUUGUUUUAGGAGGUUGCUUGUCAGCACUUAUUGUAAUGACAAUCUUAUCAGUUUUUUUUGGUUGGGCUGCCCCUAACCUGCUUUCUCGUAAAUGGACACAUCAUGUUACUACUGUACUGUUCUUUGGCUUUGGGCUUUGGUCGUUAUGGGAAGCAUUCACAGGAGACGGGGAAUCUCAAGAAUUGGCGGAGGUAGAAGCAAAGCUGAAUGCUGACUGGAAGACUGGAACUGCUGGAUCCAAAGGAACUUCUAAGGAUAAUGAUGACUCGAAGAAACAGCAGACAAGAUUUCUGACACAAUUGUUCUCACCAAUCUUUUUGAAGGCAUUUUCCAUUACUUUCUUUGGUGAGUGGGGUGACAAGAGUCAGAUUGCUACAAUCGGUCUUGCUUCCGAUAUGGAUCCGUUCGGCGUAGUCCUUGGUGGCAUCAUAGGACAAGCCAUAUGCACCACAGCUGCUGUUUUAGGAGGAAAGAGUUUGGCCACCCAGAUUUCCGAAAAGAUGGUUUCUCUGUCCAGCGGAGUGCUCUUCUUAGUGUUCGGUUUCCAGUCCUUCCUGGCCUCUGCAGCAGAGUUAUGAUCCCAGAUUAAGCCAAUUAAGGUUCUGAUUUAUACCUUAUCUAGUUCUGAAUAUUGAAUGAAAAUGUUCUUCCUCAUCAUCAUUAUUAGCCUUAUACCAAUUUCUCAAUAAAUCAAAA